AUGUACGCCCGUCAGCUUCUGCUCGGCGCCCUCGCUGCCGCCUCUAUCGCUUCGGCUUCCGCCAUUGACGGCGAAGAGCUCUUUUCUGUCCUCCUGAAGCGUCAGGAGCCCGGCACUCCUGCUUACAAUUGCCACGACAACUGCGGUAACGCCAUUCGCCAAGCCCGCGAGGUCUCCGACGUCUGCGACAACAAGGCCUUCCAAUCCAACUACGCCAACUGCCUCCAGUGCGCCGGCCCCGACAACUUCGACAUCUGGAAGUACUACGGCAACUCUGUCUCGGCCGCCGGCACCAAGUGUGGCCUUAGCACUGAGCCCCUUUCCGGCAAGCAGCCCGACGUCGGUCCCGCGCAGAACGAGGGCGACGCUGGUGGCAGCGAGCCCACCACUUCCGAAGGCACGCCUUCCCCCACUGAUACUGAGCCUGGCAAGACUGCUGAGCCCACUUCAUCCAAUGCUCCUGAGCCCUCUUCUGGUGGUGAUGGUGAUGCCGAGUCCACGGCCGAGACGCCCUCUGCUACAGGUUCUGCGAGCCCUACAGGUGGUUCUGAUGCUUCUGCCACCGCCUCUGGAACUUCUGCUGCUCCGUCCUCCACGUCCUCUGAACCAGUUCAAGUCAACGGCGCCGGUGUUCUCCAGGCCGUGGGAGUCUUCGAGGCUGUUGCCAUCGGGGCCCUCUUCUUUAUCUAA